CACUUAACCCCCACCCCCCAGCACGACCAGAUCCAACUAAACACCGCCUCCCCCCUCUCCUCCUUCCUUGUUCGAUGCAAAGGACCGCAAGCCCUCAUCGAGAAGAGGUUUGAUAAAUUACUCGAUUACGAACUUUGUCAACGAAACUCAGACUCCAAGGAAAAGAUACAGAUGGCGAUGAACGUGUACGAAGCACUAAACCAACAAUUACUUGAUGAAUUACCAAUAUUAUGUAAACUUGGUGCCCGCUUGUUACAAACAUGCAUAUCUACAUUCAUUACAUUACAAGUGAAACUACAACGCAAGAUAUUAAAGGAAUUACACUCAGUUCAUUAUAUGUUGGAAAAUGAUUGUGAAACACUGGAAGGUAAACCUGAUCUGGCAACACUGGACAGCACAAGUUUGAUGGAAGAGUUCAAUCACGACCAUAACCAGGUGGUGUUUGAUGUAUCUCGCUUCCUCAUCGUGCCGGGAUCAUUCGGAGCCCUCAUCUCAACCAAGUCAAACGAGGAACAUCGUAGAAGAUCUUCAGUGAGAAGCACGACGUCUAUUCCUUCUAUACCGAUUCAAACCCAGCAACAGCGUGACCACGUUACCACCAAACACCCCCCACCCUCCAUACACGUGUGUACGUCACCCCACCACCCCACACAGAAGGUGGAGUUAGCCGUCAACACGGGUGAUAUAGUUGGGGUCAUGAAGACCCAGGACCCCAUGGGGAAUACCCAACGCUGGUUCGUUGAUAACGGAGCCAGCCAAGGGUUCCUUCCAUGUUCCAUUUUACACCCAUACACACCCAGCCAUCUUACCCCAAAUUCACCCACAACGCCCCGCCAUAUGAACCCCACAUUCACCCCUGAACAAACCCCAAGCCCCAAACCUCGCCGUAGAACGGUAAGCCCCACCCCUUCCUCAUCGUCGGNCGACAUCGGGGUUUACAAGCAAACUUCCGCGGGAUUUGAAGCUUCCAAAUCCCCGCCAAGAGAUCGGGGUUUAUAGCCAGAUUUCUACGGG